CUUUCCUUCUGUUGCCACUCAAUAAAAAAAAGUUUUUUUUUCUUUUAAAUACUUUUCUUGUGCGUUUCAUUGAUUAUAAAAAACAAAACAUUAUAAUAAUAAUAAAAAGAACUGAUCGCGAAGAAAACAGAAAAGAAUCAAAUCGAUACGUGCGAUUCGUAUUGUUAGUUUUGUUUGUUUUACAUUUGGAAUUAAGUGCCUCGACAAUAACUAUUCGCCAAAGAAACAAAAUAAGCAAAGGGAGAAAGAGCGAGAGGAAAAGAGAAAUGAAUAAAAUUUAACCAUAAGUCACACACAUAAACUGCUCAUUAAAAGAUUGUCUUCUCUCCCGUUUUUUGGUGGAAUAUAGAGAGAAGGACGGAAAAAAAGAAAGAGAGAAAAUCAGUAGAAUUGCUAUUUUAAGUGAGGAAAUUUAUGGUAAAAUUCAACGGUCACGAUAUAAAUCGAAGUUUGUGUAUAUAUAUAUUCGCAAUGCGAGAAGAACUCAUAUGUGAUAAAAUGAAAUGUGAAUGAAAAUAGCACAACGACAACAACGACGAAGACAACAACAGCAGCAGCAACAAAAAAAAAAUCUGUUCUUUUUUCUGUGUUUAUUGUUCUGUGAAUGCGGUAUGAACACGAAUUAAUGUGCCUUAGCAUUGUGGAAUUGCAGAUUUCCUACAUUGUAUACUCUAGCUCUGAAAAGCCACAGCGUCAGCAAUAACAGUAGCAUCAGCAGAACAGCAACAUGUCUAGUUGAGAGACGACUACAAAUUCUUGAAAACAAGAAGCACACACACACACACACACAAAAAAAGACGCAUAAUCUUUGCGAAAUAAACGAAAAACACAGUCAACAAUAAGAAAAAGGGCGAAAGAAAAGAUAUACCAAAUGAACAUCAAAGUAGCAAUAUAAAGCUCAUUGGUCGCAACAUUUUGCUAACAAUCGCGGUCAAUUAGAAAAAAAGGAGUAAAAACAUAUCAACGUUAAAAACGCGUGCGACACUGAACACAAUUGAAUUUGUUUAACACAAUUUUACUGUGUCUGUUUGUCUAUUGAAUUAUAGAAAAGGAUUAAAACAGUACGACAUAAAACGGUCACCGUGUUCAUUCUCUUUAGCGAGAAGUGGAAAUUUAAAAUUUGAAUUUUAAAACGACAUCGUUUAACAUACAAAACAAAAAACAUGGCUUUGAACAACAUAAGCAGCACAGCAAAUAGUCCAAAUGUAAGCGCUACAAAUGUAAACAAUGCAUCGACCAAUGAUACGCUGAAUUCGUCGGUAAUCAGUGCGGCUGGUGGCACUGUAACCACAUCAACGCCAAACAACAGCUCACAGUCGGCUGCAGCGGCCAAUGAGAAUUUGGUCGUUCGCAUUGAUGAAAAUUCGGCCGAUAAUUUACAAGCUUUAUUCGAUAUGGCAUUAAAUCAAAAGGCACGACCAUUACAAGUACCAUUUCGUAUGCGAAAUUUGCCCGAUUCAUUUUUUAAUCCACCAUCAACCGGAUCAAAAUCACCAUCCGUAUCGCAUACACGUGAAAAUUCCGUUGAUUCAGCAUUUGGUUCGGGCACCACCACCAUUUGUUCACCGAACGGUGCUGCUGGUAAUAAUAUAGUCAAUGGUGCUGGCGGCAAUAGCAACGGUGCCACCGGCGCUACAAAAUUAAAUGGCAACACAACAAACGCAACAACGGCCAUCAUUAAUCCGCUUACCAGUCGUUUACAAAUUUCACAUUCGCGUGCACAUAGCAGUCCAGCUUCAUUGCAACAAACUUAUGCUGGCUUAAGUGCUGCCGCUGCUGCACAACAGUCAAAUGCAAAUCCAAUUGUUGCACAACAGGUACAACAGUCGACACAACAUCAACAAACGACACCAGCGAAACGUGUGCCAGAAGAACUUGAUUCAAGCUGUCAUCGUAACAUCAAUCAAGUGGAUUCACCACUUGAAAAUAACAUGUUCAAACGAACAACACAACAAGCUCAAGCGGCUGCAAAUCAACCCAUCCACAAUCGGCAACGUUCCUAUGACAUAGUCAGUUCGAUACAAUUACAAGAUGAAUUGGGUGACCUUCCACCUGGAUGGGAACAAACCAGAACGCCAGAAGGACAAAUCUACUACUUAGAUCACAAUACAAGAACAACGCAAUGGGAAGAUCCAAGAAAACAAAUGAACACACAACCAACAUUGACACAUAGUGCAGAAUCAUUACUUGUUCCAGGUCAACAUCGACGACAGCUUCAACCACUUCAGCAACAACAACAGCAACAAAUUCGACAGCAGCAACAGCAGCAGCAACAGCAGCAGCAACAGCAGCAACAAUUACAACAACCAACUGCUCCAAAACCGCAGCAACCAAGUACCGGCUUGGGUCCACUACCUGAGGGCUGGGAGCAGGCAAUUACCAAUGCUGGUGAGAUUUAUUUUAUCAAUCACAAUACUCGUUCAACGUCAUGGUUCGAUCCAAGAAUACCGGAACAAUUUCAGCGAGCCACCACACUGAGCGCUUCACGAGUCGAAAUAAAUCCAAAUACAUUUAACAUCAGUAUUCAUCAGCUAAAACGUGAAGUGGAUUCGUACAAGCAACGUCAACAGGAAAUUGUGUCGUUUGACCAAGAUUUUGUUGCACGUCAAAAUCAACAGACGAUCGGUUUACAAAUGGAUCCAUUUUUAUCGGGUGUUACAGAUCAUACACGUCAAGAAUCUGGUGACAGUGGUCUCAGUUUAUCGUCAAACAACUACUCAAUGCCACACACACCCGAUUUCCUCAGCAACAUGGACGAUAGCAUGGAUUGCAUUAGCGAAAGUGGUACAAUGGAAAUGAGUGCCAAUAUAGAUGCAACUGAUGACUUAGUACCAUCAUUGCAACAGUUGGGUGAAGGAUUCAGCAAUGAUUUACUUGACGACAUGCACAGUUUAAUAGAUACUCAAAAUUCAAAACCGUUGACUUGGAUAUAAAAUGUUGAAUUGGACGAUUUAUAAACAGACGAUGUACGAAUAGAUGAUUUUUUUGAAGAGAAGAAAAAACCUUGUGCAACGGCCUAGUCACCCCAGACGUCGAUUAAAUUGAAACAGAAAUUAAAUGAGCAACCGCAUACUCUAUUCUUUAGCGCCGCUGUGCAAUCCCAUAUUUUACAAACGUCAAACUAUCACUUUUUCUAAUCAAACGAAUGCAUAUGAGAGUAUUCAAAACGGCACCAUCACGCGAGUUUAGAUACCUCAAUUCAUUCACUGUGACGAAAAAAAUAAACACACUAAUAUACAAUAGAUCUAUAAUAGAACAAAUAACAACGAAUACUGCACAUAAAGAGUGUUUUUUUAGUGACAUGAGGUUGAAAACGAAAAAAAAGAAAUCUGUACUCAAAAUCAUCUGUUUAAUUCUUCUACUUAAGUCAUCGGUUUAAAUUUAUAUUUGCUAGCUUUUAGUUUGAUUAGGACACAAUAUAAAUGAGAAAGAUAGAAAUGGAAGGAGAUAUACAUCGAAGAAAUUAUGUAGCAUAUAAACAUAAAUAAUGUUAUCAGUUCAUGUUAAUUAUUGAUUCAAGAAAAAAAAUUAUUCGACUUUUGAUCCGACAUUUGUCGUCGUUGUUGAUAACAUACAAAUCAGCACACAAUACAGUCACGUGCCCGUUCGACUGCCAGUCAAUUCAAAAAUAAAACCCAACGACUCCCAAUAACAAAGUUGCAAUCAUCUUCAAUCACUUUAGCGGAACACAAGUCGAUCGGGUGGUGCCGGCCAAUCUUCAAUGCUACGGAAAAAAGAACACUUGAAGAUUAUGUGCACGUGAUAAAUCUGUAUCUACUAUACAAAGAGAAAAAUCGUCAUCAAUUUUCGUUCUCACUAUACAAUCAAAACUUUUGGAAAUUUUCUUCGUUUAAUUCGGCUUACACGGCAUAUUCCGGAAAAAUGAUGAAUAUGUAAAUGUGAAAAAAAAAAAUAUGCGAGGUGGAUUUCAUCAAUUGAAACAAUUUACGUGGAUCGUAAAUCGUUGUUAAUUGUUUCGAUGAAAAACGAUAGCAAUGUCAACAAAUCAUACAUUUUGAUUCUCAAUUUCUGCACAAUCGUAAUAACACACACACACACUUCAAUAGCUCAAUAAACAACAUCAACAAACGGCAAAACAAAAUUGAAUCACAUAAAAUCAAAUAGUUUUACAUGGAAACAACAAAUAGCACAGACGCCACCGUAAAUAUACAUUUCUAAUUUGUAAUUAAGUCGAAUUAAUUUUAUAGUGUUUAGUUUACUAUUUACAAGAAGAGGUGUGUGCAUGUGUUUUAAACCAACCACAAUGCGAUUUAAAUGAAUUUGUUUGAUUAGAUUUUAAACCGAUAAUUGAUUUCAGUCAUAAGAAAGAUACAUUAGAGACAAAAAGAAAUUCAUGUGCCUUUUCAUUUAUGGAAGUAAACAAUAAAUACGCACUUUAUAAGGCGCAUAAGCAGAAUAGAAAGAACUUGCGCAGACAUUCAACUAGUAGUUAUCGUUUAUAUGUGCAUGUAUACAAACGGUUUCGCGAACAAAAGUUUCAACCGAACGCAUUCAAUAACCGUAACAAUUAAGAUGCAAAUUGAAAAUUGCGAAACAAAGAAAAUACACAAAAAAACACACACACACACGUACAAUAUAACAACCCUUAAAACUAUGUAGCACAUAAAAGCAAGACACCAAAGUCAUUUAAUGUUUCUUAACACAAAUUGUGGGAAUACGAAAAAAAACGUAAACCGGCGGUUUUUGUAUUCAAAUGCAUGCGCAUGUGUAAAACAAGCAAAGCAACAACAAACGAAGGAAGUGCCUUAAUUCAAUCAAUGCCGUGGUUAUCUUGAUAUGUGCAACAAUACAAAAAAAAUACACACAAGAAGCUAAAAAAGCUAUAUAUAUAUAGUGUUAUAUGUUUAGAAUGUGUAGUUUUUUUUGUAUACAAUCCUAUUAUUGAAAUUUUCUGUUUCUCUAGAAAUGGAAAUGAUUUCCGAUUAUUAUUAUUAUUUGUAUUAUUUUUUUUUGUGACGCCGGAAGUCAUAUUCUACACAAAGAUGACAAGUAAAGAAUAUGUACGCACACAGAGAAGAGAGUGCCACAAAGUAAAAACAAUGCAAUGGCGAUUGUAAGUGCCUUAAAGUAUGUUGUAUAUUGAUGAGACAAAUUCAAAGUUUAAUUAAUAAGGAAAUGGACGAAAAUGAGCAAAAUGAUCAAAAAGUGUAACGAAAAGAACGAAGGAAUUGAUAGAACAAGUUCAAAAUGAAGUGCGCUUGUAAUUAAAUGGAGCGAGAGAGAGAGAGAGAGAGAGAGAGAGAGAGAAUGACAGUCCGCCGCCAUUCAUUUCAUACUUUUUACUCUGUCUGUCUCGGACGCUACGUAUGAGCGCACGAGUCCGAUUUUUCUUCAAGAAAGAAAAAAACUAAUCUACAUGUAAAAUACUACUCUAAAUGUAUUAUGAAAUUAAUAGAAAAUCGUCGUAAGAAAAACAGCGAAAGAGAAAAAUAUUUUUCAUUGAAGCAUAUAUAUUAUGAUAUCGUUUGUUAGAGUUUAAUUUACAAAUCAACAUUUUUUUUAGCCAGCAAUAACUUUUUUCGAUAUAGAUUUGUGACUACUGUCUUUUUGCCUUUCUUCUGUUAGAAAAGACUUUUCAAAUGUGUUGACACAAAGAUUUAUAUUUACCCAUUUUUAAAGUAGAAAACGAAGAUAUAUACGAAAUGCUCUUUUCUCUGUACUUUUUUGCUAUUUGAUAGUCCUUUUUCACUGUAAUUUAUAUGCUUUCAAAACAAAACAAAAAUAUUCUUCUUCUUCUUAGGAGUCGAUCAUACAGAUACGAUGAAUGUGUGUUGCCUUUGACAUUGGAAACAUUGAACACCAAAAAGUUCGUUCGCUCUGUAUUGAGAAUAUGUGAACACGCGCGCGUUGUGACUUACUUUACUUUUUGAUCAGAGUCACGAACCAAUGUCCCAUCGACCACAAAUCCGAGUUUAACACAACGGAUAUGGUCGAAUGAAAUUCGCAACCGUUGUGACCCAUGUCUUUAAUGAAAAAAUAUGCCGCCAAAUGUAACGAUAACGACAAUAUCGUCAUAGUUAUUCAUUCUUUGCAAACCACCAUCAAACUGACUGCUCUGAGAAAAACUGAGCCAUUCGGCUUUUUCAUUUGUUUUUUUUUUUUUUUUUUUUAUUCUAUAAUUUUAAAUAGUUGUUUUUAAUAGAUUUUUAGUUUGGCACAUAAAAUUGACCGAAUUCAUUUUUUGUCUUUGAAAUUCAUAAGCUAUUCAUAUAUUAAUUUUACUUUUCUUUUCUUCAACAUAACUUUUAAUGCAAUAUAUAGUAAUGCUAAGGAUAGAAGUUAAAAUGAAAUUCAACGAAUAAAUAGGGCUGAUGUUUUAACUGUAUCUAAAUUCCGAUAAACGACAGUGAAUAGAUUGAGCUACAGCUCCUAUUCAUAGGCGCUAUUUGCAACUUUAUGAUGCAAUUCCGAACGAGAUGUUCAAAAUAUAAAUAGAACAAUAGACUUAUUGAUUUUAGUAUUUUUUUGUAUAAAUGAAUCAAUAAGUGUAUUGUCCGGAAUUGUAUCAUAAAAUCGCUGUCCGUCUGCGUUGUUCAAAAAUAGCACCUAUGAAUAGGAGCUGUGAAAAUAGCACUGCUAUUGCUGUAGCCCAAUCUACAAUCAAAGUAGCAUGGGAUUUCAGUUAAAUUCACUUUUCAACCGAAGAAACAUCAGUAUCAUAGUUUAAUUAGGGCCACACAUUGACCAAACAAAGGUCAACAGAUAUGUAUGGCGCUUCGCUGAAACAGGGGACGAUAACAACAAACUCAGAAAUAAAAUCAAAUGAUGUUGUUGUUAUUAAACACACACACACACACACACACACACACACACACACACACACAAACUUUGGAAAUGCGUGCAAGUUAUGUUUGCGAAUUAAACGCCUUUAAACUGAGCACGUUACCACAACAAAUGCACACGGCUAAAAUUCAUAUAAAUGGGCAUGAUCAAAAUUGAAGUAUCUCACAUACCGCGUGAACAAUAACAACGAACACACGAAGUUUUUCCUUCCAAAAAUCAAUCCAAUCAGAGUUAGAGGAAUAUAGAGAGAAAAAACACUGAAUUGAAAACAAUUUGCUCAAUUUUUAUUUUUUAAAUAAAUCCCCGAAUGCCGUCCAGCAAGAAAACAAAAAAAGUAUAUAUUGUUAAAACAAAUUAUGAAAAAAAAUUUACGAGAAAAAAAAAUUUAGUGAAAAAAAAAAUAUAUAUGAUAAAUAUUAAGUACUUGUAAAUUUGAUGCAAAAUGAUUUUCAAUUGCGUUGAAAUUGCGAUAUAUGCAUUCGACGAACAUAUCAGGGGUAGGCAAACUAAUCCUCAAAAGGUAACCAUCAAAUUCAGUCCGCUGAAAGUAUGCAUGCGAUGAGAAAGAGAAAUACGCACACAUACACACAAAAAACUAUGAAAGCAAUUAACAAAAGCAAUAAUUGACGGCUUUGGACGGUCUUAUAUACUUAUUGGAUGCAAAGCAGUUCAAACAAAAAAAAAAUAUAUAUGUGUAUCAUUCAUGGCAAUACAAUCCUUUUAUUUGCUCAUAAAUCUAUAAAUAUAUACAAUUGUCGAUAAGAGAAAUAUUAACUAAGUUUAAUAUGCAACACAUCAUCUGUUACUUCUGCUGUUCUUUUUUUUUUUUUUUUGUUUCUUCAGCGUAUUCGCACUCAAUUAUGUUCUAAAAUUCGAAGUUUCGUCAUAAAAAGCAAUAGAAUUUCGUGAAUUCAAUUGAAAUUACUUUUGAUCGCUUGCCAUUAAAUUAAAUCAAAAUAACAGAAGUACAUACACGAACGAUCAAAAUAAAAAGCUAUAUAAAAUUUAUUGUGAUACAAAUCAGUUGAAAAUCUAUUUAAAUUCAUCUAAACAUACUACACUCUUAGCGCAUAUUUUUAAAAUUUUAACCCCUUUUAACAACAACAACAACAAAAAUUGCAAUUCAAUUGAAAUUUCUGCAUUUCUGCGCUCCACCCCACUGUAGUGUAAUAAUAUGUUAUUAUAAUAGUUCAUACACAUAUCUCUAUUUAAUUUCUUAGAGAUUUGAUGUUAUGCGGACAUUUUGGAUCCAAAACGCUUUUAUAUUGUGCGCUCGCAUUUGCUGGCAUGAAAUCAAUCAUCCAGAGCACAAUUCUGUAAAAUCAAAGAGCGAAAUGUACCAAAAAAUACCGAAUAUUAUUACCGAAUCCGGCAGUUCGAUAAAUUAGCAAAAUUUGGUACUCACAAAUUUUGAUGCAAUCAUCAACCUGGAUUCGUGCUUAAUCCAUAUCAUAGCUCUGUAACACUUCUUUCUCUUCGUUUUGGGGGGGGGGAUAAAAUCGAUUUUUGAAUAUGCUGCAAUCCAUAUCACAUAUAGUUUAAGAAUUGACAGAGAUUAAAAUCAGUCGCACUUCUGUAAAACUGGAUAUACAUUUUUCAUCAAUUUUAUUUCAUAACUUAUCCAUUUGCUGUAUCCAUCGGAUGGCAAAUUGUCCAACCAUUUCUCCCACGUACUCAUACAUAACAUACAUUCAUAUAUAUUGAUAUCAAUCACACAAAAGUCACGAACUCAUAUCAGAAUAGUGUUGGAUUUGUUCUUAUUUUUGUUCGCUCUCGAUAUGUUUAUGGGAGAGAAUGGGAGAAAAUCCAACAGAAAUUAGUAUUACAAAUAUACAUAUAUAUUCACAUAUCAUUGCAAUUUAUGGUUGAGCUCAAGCUGAUAAGCAAAAAAAAAUUCGUUUGAAGAAAUCUGUAACAAAAACAAAAUCGCCCGUUUGUAAUCAGUUUCAUUUUUGGAACUGAAAACAUCAAACAUAUUUAG